UAAUCAACUCCACACAACUUCUGCAGAAUCCCUGCUCCAGAAAAUUGCUCAUUUCCCCUCCAUGGCGGUAACUACACUGCGAAAAAGCCCUAAAAUCACCUCUUCUCUCCCUCUCUUCUCCAAUGCCACCGCCACCACUGAUCCCUCUCCCCGCUCCACCAUCCUUGACGCCGCCUCCAUCGCCCGUAUCAAAUCCACCAUCCGCGAAGAAUGCAACCCUAGCCGCCUUGCCGAGCUCUUCAAAUCUGCGGCCACCACCCCGCUCUUUUAUGGAGACCGCGUCAUCUACAAGAUCGCAAUCCAAAAGCUUGUUCGUUCUCGCCGUCCCGACCUAAUUGAGCUCCUCCUCGAACAGCAGGUCACCGAUCCCUCCACCCCCAAAUCAGAGGGCUUCCUCAUGCGCAUUAUCUCCCUCUACGGAAGAGCUUCCAUGCCGGAUCACGCUGCUUCAACCUUUGACCGCAUCAAUCUUCGCCGUUCGGAGCGCUCGCUCUGCGCUCUCCUCAACGCCUUCCGCGCGUGCGGUCAGCACGCGCGCGUUCUUGAAACAUUCCAGAAAGCUGAGCUGGUGCAUGGGGUCGCCCCGGGGAUAGCCUCUUGCAAUAUUCUUCUUAGAUCGCUUUGUGAAGAUGGCAAAACUGAAGCCGCCCGGAGCAUGCUCGACGAAUUGCCUAAGAGAGAUAUAUUGCCUGAUAUCAUUUCUUAUAAUAUGGUUUUGAAUGGGUAUUUGAAACAGAAGAAUGAGGAAGGCUUUGAGGAGCUUCUGAAGGAAUUGUCGAAAAAGAAGCUGGAUGCUAAUGUGUCGACUUACAACUGCAGAAUAGCUGGGCUUUGCGAUAAAGGAAGGAGCGUUGAAGCGGAGGAACUUUUGGAUGUGAUGACUUCAAAGGGCAUUUCCCCAAAUUUUUUUAGCUUUAAUAGUUUAAUUUUUGGGUUUUGCAAUGAAGGGAAUGCCUGUGCAGCCAUGAGGAUUUUCAGGAGGAUGCAGGAAUUAAAGAGCAAGUAUGGCAGUGCAGCCUCUGCAAAUUCUGCAACUUAUGCAGUUUUGCUCAAUUGUUUGGUUGAGAAAGGAGAAUUUCAUUCGGCUUUGGAGAUCUGCAACCUGUGCUUGAGUAAGAAAUGGGCACCUCCAUUUCAUGCUGUGAAAGGAUUGGUCCAUGGCUUGAUUAAGAACUCAAAUGUGAAGGAAGCCAAGAAUGUUUUAGAAGAGAUGAGGGAAGCUGUUACAGGUGAUUCCAUUGAGGCAUGGGAAAAUGUUGAGGGUGAGUUUAGUUUUUGAGGCUUUUGUAGUUGUUUGAUCCAUGCAGCUCUCCAUUGCUCUGUUCUUCUUGAGUUUCCAGAUACUAAUGUUAGAAGAUGAUACCUACUUCAAUUUGCUCAUUAGUUGGUGAAUUAAAGUGAUUCUACCUGAAUAUGUUUAUUUUUUUGUUGCUGCUUUCUUUUCCUUGGUGCUUAUUAAUGGUGAUAGACCAUUCAUUUGGUAAAAAAUUAGCUGAAGCACAAAAAUUUAUCACAUGUAAUACUUUUGGCAGUCCUUUUGCCUUAUUGUUUAAGAUUUUAUA